AUGCACUCACGUGUUGCUGCUGUGAAGGCACCCCGCACACACAACCGUCGCCGCGUGAUCGGAUCCGGCGGAAGGAGGAGGAAAGGAAGAGAGAGUGAGCCGCCGAGGCCCAACAUGUCCCGGCAUGUGUUUAAUUCCGCGGCGCUGCUUCUCCUUUUCGUUAUGAUGAUUUGCUGCGACAGUGGAAGUGCUCAGACGGAGGUGCAGCAGUCGUCUGAUCCAAAGUCAUGUCGGGUUUCUUCGCCGGAGGAAUUCUUUGUUUGGAGAGACAAGAAAAACGAUGAAGCAGUGAGUUCACUCCGUGUUCCCAGUCUUGUUGAGGUGAAUGAUGGUUUGUUUGCCGUUGCCGAGGCGCAGUGCAAGAAAAACAGUGAAGACACCGUCUUUACUGGCAUUUCGUCCGAACUUCUUACGGAAACGAAGGAUGUUGAAAAGAAGGAAGUUCUGAAUGAUGCCAACACGAAGACACAAUUUUUGGUGAAAGGCCCUUCUGCAGAUGCAGAGCAGAAAGUAGAUGUGAGCCGACCAACAAAAGUUGUGAAGGGAAGUGAGAUUUACAUGCUUGUUGGAAAAUGCAGCGGGACAACUGUCGGUAGUUGUCAGGGUGAGGUUAACGCGGAUCAGUGGGGAAUUUUUCUGGUGAAAGGGCAUGUCACUUCUGAAGAAGGCGACAAAAUUCACUGGAACGACACUCACGCUCUACCUUGCACACUUUUUAAACAAGAACACGAAUCCUUGAUGCAGCUGGUUGGCGGCGGUGGAUCGGGUGUUGGGACGGAGGGCAAUGCACUUUUUUUCCCAGUGGAAGGCACAAAGAAGAAGAAAGGUGAAUCAGGAGGCGAUGUAAAGAUUGUUUCGCUGAUUAUAUACUCGAAGGAUACUGCUGAGAGUUGGAAGCUGUCGAAGUGGAUGUCUGACGAUGGCUGCAGUGAUCCCUCCGUCGUGGAGCGGGAGAAGGGAAAACAACUCAUGAUGAUGACUGCGUGUGAUGAUGGCCGCCGCAGGGUGUACGAGUCCGGUGACAAGGGGGAUUCGUGGACGGAGGCACUCGGGACACUCUCGCGCGUAUGGGGAAACAAAAAGGAUAAAAACAAGAAACGCGUUAGGAGCGGGUUCACCACAGCGAGGAUUGAGGAAAAGGACGUGAUGCUCGUUACUCUGCCGGUGUAUCCUGAGAAUAAAGGAAAAAACGAAAAGGGUGUACUUCAUCUUUGGCUGACGGACAAUACGCACAUUGUUGAUAUUGGGCCGGUGUCCGGAGAAGAUGAGGACGUUGCCGCCAGCUCCCUGUUGUACAAAAGUGGUGGAAAUAAUAAUAAUGAGAAGUUGAUUGUACUGUACAAGAAGAAGAAAGGCGAAUCAUCAUCCGGUAUGGUCUCUGUGCUUCUGACUGCGCAGCUAGAGCGGGUGAAGGAGGUGCUGGCGACGUGGAAGAAAGUGGACGAACGUGUCUCCAAGAUGUGCCCUUCUGGGAGUGCUGUGCAGGGUACCUCAGCUGACACUGCAUGCAGCCCUGCCAUGCCGGUGGAUGGGCUGGUUGGCUUUUUGUCCGGCAACUUCUCUGAGAGCACGUGGAGGGACGAGUACCUCGGGGUGGACGCCACAGUAAAGGGGACUGAUGGUGGGGCGGAGAAAAAGGCAGAAGUGGCCACAGUGGAUUCAGAGAAGGGCGUGAGGUUUCAGGGGGCGUGGGCGGAGUGGCCUGUUGGCAAGCAAGAGGAGAAUCAGCUGUACCACUUUGCGAACUACAACUUCACUCUUGUGGCGACGGUGUCCAUCCACAAGGCGCCGGAGGGAGUUAACCCCAUUCCUUUGAUGGGUGUGAAGAUGAAUGGUAAACCAAAGAAAUCUUUUGGGUUGUCGUACGAGAAAGGAAAGUGGAAGCUACUGUGCGGUGACGGACCAAAGUCUGGGGAGCACAGUCGCGAUUGGGAGCCGGGUACAACAUACCAGGUGGCCAUUGUGCUACAGAACGGCACCCAGGGCUCCGCGUACGUCGAUGGUCAGCCUGUGGAGGAUGCGCCAUGUGCGUUGAAAAACACGUAUCCGAAAGUGGUGUCACACUUCUAUAUUGGAGGGGAUGGAGGCAGCGCAGAAAACACAGAAAGCCGAGAAGUCGUGCCUGUGACUGUGACGAACGUCCUGUUGUACAACCGCCCGUUGGAUGACACUGAGCUUACUGCGCUUAACACAAAUAAAUUUUCUAUUCCAAAGCUGGAAGAUCUAAAAACAGAGGUGAGGGAUGCUUUUCCACUAGCUGGAACUGAACCACAUACGCUGGGAGCCGUCUCCUCAACUAUUCGUGGCGGGCAUCAGGGCACCGAAGAGAAAUUGUUGAAGAUAAGUGAUGAUGCGGGCAGUCUUGGUACAUCCAAUUCUGCAAAGACCACUAUGACGACUCACUCAGUGGGGAGUCAAUCUGCAGAGCAGUUGGCGUCGGGAGGAUCUCACGAUGUAAAUAAAAAUAUGAAUGUCGAUUCCUCGUCUAAUGGUAACCCGGCGGUGGGGACAGUGGGUGGAGACACGAAGCAGGGAAAUUGA